CCCCAUUCAAUCCAUAAAAGCUUUCUCUUUAUCUCUGAAAUGGCAGUUUUUAUUCAUCUGGUAAGCAAAUUUUAAAGAUCUUCUUUUUUCUUCUUCUUUUUUGGUUUCUUGGAUUAAAUUAUAAAAUUUUUAAGAUAUGAGUUUUUUCCCUGAUGAAGUUAUUAUAGAAGUCCUUGCUAGAUUACCUAUAAAGCCCCUUUUUAAAACCAGAACUGUUUGCAAACUUUGGCAUGGAUUGCCCUCAGACAAAUAUUUCGUUAAACUUUACAACCAGGUGUCUGAUAAGAAUCCCAUGGUCCUUGUUGAGGUCCACGAUUCGACCAAGCCGAAUUCGAGCUUAAUCUGUGUCGAUAAUUCGACGGGUGUGUCCGAAUUUUCAUUGGAUUUCUUACGAGACAAGGUCAACAUUAGAGCUUCAUGUAAUGGAUUGUUGUGUUGUUCCAGCAUUGCUGUUAAGGGUGUUUAUUAUGUUUGUAAUCCAAUGACUAGGGAGUUUAAGGUGUUGCCUAAGAUUAAGGACCAGAAUUUAACCCGGUUUUACCCCGACAGUGAGGCCACGCUUGUUGGUUUGGCCUGUGAUCCGUCGCGGGGUAAGUUUGAUGUUGUGUUAGCGGGGUAUCAAUGUGCGGGGUCAAGUCGUAGACCGGACAAGACAUUCGCGUGUUUGAUAUUUGAUUCCGAUUCGAAUAAGUGGAGAAAAUUUGUUUCUUCCCAAGAAGAAAUCUUCACACAUAUGAAUAGGAACCAAGUUGUGUACGUCAAUAGCGCGCUUCAUUGGUUAACCGGUAGCGGUUCGUACAUACUCGUGCUUGAUCUCAAUUUCGAGGUUUGGAGAAAGGUUUCGGUGCCGGAUGAAACUAGAUACGGGACAGGGAACCGAGUUUACUUGUUGGAAUCCGACGGAUGUUUGUCUUUGAUCGAGAUUUCGGAUACAUGGAUGAAGAUUUGGGUAAUGAAAGACUAUGAGAGGGAGCUUUGGCAUAUGGUGGAUAGGGUGAGUCUUGGGUGCAUUAAGGGACUAGUACAUGGUAUUUUCCCUAUAGCUCAAACCGGCGAAUGCGUCUUCUUGGCGACGCACAAGCAGGUUUUGGUCUAUCAUCGGACGAGCUGGGCGUGGAAAGAGAUGUACUCGGUGCAGAACAACGCUACCCUCCCGUUGUGGUUCUCGGCACACGCAUUUCGAACCUCGAUUUUCCCUUGUGAGUGAAGGCCAACAUAUGAUGAUAAGGUUGUUGUUAGUAAAUAAACCCAUUUUGAAAAAUGAAAACAUUGUGAAUCUUUGAAUUCUUUGCUUUAUUGUAUGAAAUUUGUCUUCAUUUUGGUCUAAA